CACGUACAUCACGCGCGACACUACGGCGCACUCUUGGCGUCAUCCCACAGGCGGGCUUCUUUCGGUUUCUGACAAAUCAACACAGGUCCUCCGCGCUCCGUCCGUCCCGCUUACCAACGGAGCCGCGACUCUGUGGGCGGUCCGUCAUAACGCACUGCGUCUGGCCGGAAAAUAUCGCUCCGUUGCAGGAUUAUUGUGUCGCGACGACAACCGAACACCGUGGGCCAUGCCCGAAUUGGAAAGCCACGCGCGAGCGAGGAGUGGUGCACGUGCACCGUGACGAUGGCUUGUCAUUCGCGCCUACACGUAUAAAUACCCCUUUUCUCCCGACGGAAGCUUUCUCGACAAGAUAAGGACUUUCGGACUUCAGUAGCAGCAGCAGCAGCAUCGUCAUCUUCCCAGAACACCGCCCGAAAACCGCAGCGCAACCGCAAAAUGGAUGGCUUUGGAGUCGUGCCGCUCGGCAUCCCGGGCACGCCGGCGCCAUUCACUCUGCACGUCCCGCAGCCCGAGCUCAACAAGCUCUCAGUCCUCAUCGAGACGGCCGUCGUGGCAGCACCGUCCUUCUACAACACGCAUAGCGCCAGCGACAACCCAGACCACACGUUCGGGGCGCCGCGGGACUGGCUGGCCAACGCGACGGGCGUGUGGGCCGGCGACUUCGACUGGCGGGCGCGCGAGGCGCACUGGAACACGAUCCCGCAGUUCAAGAUGGACGUGACGGCGCCGUCGGACGGGCAGGUGUUCGACCUGCACUUCGCGGCGCUGUUCUCGCGGCGGGCCGACGCCGUGCCCGUGAUCCUGUCGCACGGCUGGCCCAGCUCGUGGUUCGACUGUGUCGCCAUCCUGGAGCUGCUGGCCGCAAAGUACACACCCGACACGCUGCCGUACCACGUCGUCGCUCCGUCCAUCCCCGACUACGGCCUCUCGACCCGCAGCAACGCCACCACGACAGAGCUCAACUUCUACUCGGCGGCCGAGGCCCUCAACGAGCUUAUGAAGGGCCUCGGCUUCAACGCGUACGUCGCCCAGGGCGGAGAUGUCGGCUCUGGCUUGACGGCUGCGCUCGGCGCUGUCCACGACGAGUGCAAGGCUGUCCACUUUAACAACUUCAUCCUCACCCCGUCAGAGAAGGCAGCAGUGGCAAACCUGCCAGUCAGCCCCGCCGAGAACGCCACGCUCGUUAGUGCGCAGGAGUUCACCGAUUCGGGCACGGGGUACAUGCUCGAGCAAGGCACGCGGCCGGGGCUCAUCUCGCUGGUGCUGAUGUCGAACCCGGUCGCAAUGCUGGAAUGGAUCGGCUCCAUGUACACGGACGGCGUCAACGGCGCGCCCCUGGCCACCAUCCUCGAGCAGGUUUCGUGGUACUGGCACACCAAAUCGUACGGCAGUGGGCUGUGGGCGUACCGCGCGGUGUGGGCUCCGUUUCUGCGGGAUACACACAGCGAGAGGCUGCCGUCGCCGCUCGCCAUCAAGGCCAAGCCAAUUGGCUACUCGUGGUACCCGCGCGAGGUGCUGGCGGCUGCGCAGUCGUGGGUCGAGCAUUGGUUCCCCGACAACUUGGUCUUCUUCAAGGCUCAUGAAGCGGGCGGACAUCUCGCAGCCCUCGAACAGCCCGUUGCGUUUUUGCAGGAUCUCGAGGACUUUGUUGCUAUUGUCAAGACAAAGAUUGAGCUCUAAACCUAAACUGAACAAGAAACUUGGGGCCCGUCGCAUUGUCAAGUGCUGUGUUGUGGCUUUGCUAGCUUGAUUGGGCUGAGUCGCUCCGAAAUCCGAAAUCCGAAAUCCGCAGCAUUUGUGGGACUCCCGCAUCUGCAUCUAAAGGAUCAGAAGAGACGCUCCACUGACUACUACUAAGGCGAAGCAGAAAAGGUUAAGUCUAACUCGUACCUGCCUUAGCUCUAGCAAGGAGACUACGAGUCGAAGGAGUAAUUAGGUUGAUGGGGGAAUUUGACACAAUCUCGGCGGGGUUAUGAAGGGGGAAGUUGUUGUGAUGGGUGCGGAAUUGGGAAUAAUCCGGAGCAAUCAGAUAUUAAUAAGAAGAGGCAGCAAGUCAUCAAGAGUGCAGUCUUUUGAGAUAACAACCUGACUCACCCCAGACCCGACACCUUUCUCUCUUCCA